CGUUUUGGCAAUAGUGAAUGUAAAACUGCUGGUCUAUAGACUCGAUUCUGCGUGUGUCGCGGACCAACUUCACGACUAAUACUCUUACAGGCAUAUUUUUCUUUGUUAAUUAUAAUUGAUUUUGGGGUGUAAAUACGGUUUGCUGUUAUUACUCAAGGAACAGACGGAAUGGCUACCAUAUCAUCAAAAGAAACACACAAGAAAAGAGUUCGGUUUGAUCUCCACAUGGGAAACCGAAGUCGACAUGUUUUACCCAGAGACGGACACAUGCAGCUUCCAUACAAACGUGUGUUUAGACGAAAGCGUGCAGAUCUCCACAUGGGAAACCGAAGUCGACAUGUUUUACCCAGAGACGGACACAUGCAGCUUCCAUACAAACGUGUGUUUAGACAAAAGCAUGGUAUAAAGGAGUCAAAUAGGGUCCAAGCUCAGCGGUCCACAGAUCAUGAAUCCCAUUCUCACAACCUGCAAGAAUUAGCAACACACAGAUGCAAAGGUGAUGACUCAAAUUUCAAGACACUUCUGUUGAACAUGAUUGUGAAGGACCUACAACCAUUAAGGACCAUGGAAGGAGCUUGGUUCCAACAUCUCACAAGGAGUCUACAGCCAUCUUUGCAUAUUCCGUUAAAUGCCUCCUGGGUUCAAGCUGAGCUUCAGAGACUUUAUAGGCAUAAGAGAAUGGAAGUACAGGCUGCCGUCAAUAAUUCAAGUAACCUUGUUCUCUCAACUGAGCUGUGGAGCUCAAAUGAGUCACUGUUCUAUCUGACAGUGUCUUGUCACCUAAUCGAUGAAAAAUGGGAGCUGAAAUCCUACGUGCUAGAUACAGCUCACCUGCUUGUGGAGCAUACAGCAGACAAGGCCGUACAGCAACUUUUGAGAAUUGCAAAUGAGUGGAACAUCACAGAGAAGACUCAGGUGGUGGUCACAAACGUUGACGGCAUGAAGAAGGUCCAUAAAAAUGUUUGUAGAUGGAUAUAUAUACCCUGUUUUGCCCACACUCUGGAUAAAGUGUUCGGAGAAGCCAUAGGUGACCCUGACUUGAAACAUCUGCUGAGGAAAUGUCAGCAUAUAGUUGCGUUUUUUCACCAGAACAACCAAGCCUCACAAAGUCUCCAGGAGUAUUGUUCUCAUCUCAAGCUUCAACAAAAUGAACUGACUCAGAGCACUGGUCUGAAGUGGCUUCCUACACAUCAUAUGCUCAACAAUAUCAUAUUGCAGUGGCCUGCCAUUUUUAAGGUUUUUGUCGACAGACGAGAGGAUGAUCUUUGCCUGAAUGAAAAUGAAAGAAAAAUAGUUGAAGACAUUGUAGAUGUGCUGAAUAUUCUGAAGGAGGUUACAGAGGAAAUAGGAAGGCAAGGGUACAGCCCAAUUUCAAAUAUCAUACCGCUGGUCAAAAAACUGAAGGAGAAACUGAAUCGCCUGAAGAUGAAGGGGAACAGAAUAGCACCGAAACUGUCUGAAAGAUGUGACUAUCAUAUCGGCAACAUCAUUCAAAACCGUUGGUUCAGAGUUAGCACAGCACUGGACCCACAAUUCAAAACCAGUGUACUGUUGGACUCUGGUGUUGAAAAUGAAAUCAGGAGAGAAAUACAACCUGAGCACAGCAAAUAUGACACUGAAGAGUUGGUCUUACAAAAAUACUGGAAAAUAAAAGACACUCCAGUGAAACCACUUGAAUUCUGGAGGAACAAAGAUGAGUUUGAAAAACUGGCAACAGUUGCCCGCAAGUACCUGACAGUGGUUUCCACUGCAAUUCCAAUGGAGCGUGUAUAUCAACUGGAAGAAUCACUGAUCGUCAACAGAAGAAGCUGCUUGGAGCCAGAAAAUGUCAAUAUGAUGGUGUUUUUGAACAGCAAUUAAAAAAAAUAAUAAAAAAAUAUAAUGUUUGCAUAUAUUAAAAUCUAAAUAAAUAAAUCCCUAUUUGGAACAGUUUGUAAAAAAUGUCAUAAUUUAAAAUAUGCUACAAUAAAAAUAAAAUAAAAUAAAUAAAUAAAUAUUGGUAAACCUUGCCAUGCAUGGUGGUAAAAAUUCUAUUGUUUAAAAAUUAUAUUGUUAAUGGAACUUUCUGAAAUAAAUAUUGUAAAAAAAAUAUAUAUAUAUGUGUUUUUAGAACUAAAAAUUAAAAUUCACCUUAUAGUUGACUGCGGAAAUGUAUAUUCUGUUUAAAGGAGUGUCCCGGGUUCAAUACAAGUCAAAUUCAAUCGACAGCAUUUGUAGCAUGAUGUUGAUUACCUCAAAAAUAUGUUUGUCUCAUCCCUCUUUAAAAAAGAAAAAGAAAAGAAAAAUCAUGGUUACACAAA